CGGGUUUCACUUUUUUGAGUCGUUUGUUUGCUUUUUGAUCUGUGUGGGCGAAAGAGGAAGUUUGUCUGAGUUGAAAGUAGUUGUGAGAGAAAAGAAUGGCUCAGGAAGAAAAUGGAAAGCAGAAUGGUGGUGCAGUGGUUGCUAAGGCGGCUCCUGUGUUUUCUGCCUUGAGGCCCCAUUUAAUUGUGGAGGCUCCUAAGGCGGCGGAUGCUAUUCAGUUUUACAAACGGGCUUUUGGAGCGGAAGAGGUUGCUAAAUCUUUGCACCCUAAGCGUAAGGCAGAGCAGGAGCUCCCUCUUAUCCUUCAUGCCCAUUUGAAGUUCGGCGCAGCCGAGGUUAUGGUCUGUGACGAGACAGAAGAAACCGGUGCAGAGGUGAAGUCGCCGCUUAACCUGAAAGGAACGUCUGCAAUAUUGCACUUGGAGACAGAUGAUGCUGAGAGUGCAUUUGAAAGGGCAGUGGAAGCAGGGGCAACGGUGACUGAGCACAUAGCGGAGAAACCAUGGGGGCAACUGUAUGGAAAGGUAAAAGACCCCUACGGUUUUGUCUGGAGCAUUGCCACGCCCACCAAGCUGGUACCAACUUCUGGGGCAGACGCUUAAUCUACAAAUCGUUAGGUAUUAACAUUUUUUUCACUGAAUAGGUCACCCGGGGCUCGUUUAACAUGAGAGCCCUCUUUGCUGGUGUUAGUUUCGUUUCUGAUGAUACUAAGCUUUUUGCACAUAUUCUGUUAUAUUUCACUGAUAUCGGACAAAGUUUAACCGUUUUAACAAAUUAAACUCUGGAUUACUGUUUUGGAGUACUAUACGUAUAGCGGUUCUUUUCUCCGCAAUUUCAUAUUUUAAUGCGGUCUGGAAUGAUGACGACUGACAUUUUAGCAAUUGGAAUUUGUCUGUACGUCCGUUAUUAAAAGUUUUAAUAGCUUUACUGAACUUCUAA